AUGUCUCUCGCCCAUGCCUUUGCGCACUUCGCGCAUCAAAAUCCAAACCUAGCGUCGUUCCUUAUCUUCAUGACAUCGUACCACCUCUCCUCAUUCGUCUUCCACCUUCUCGACACGCGAUUUCCCACGCUACGGCCUUACAAAAAGUAUCACUCCCUCCCCAAAUCCCCUUCUUACCACCAAAUGAUGGCGCGUGUACUCUUGAACCAAUUCUUCAUCCUUCUCCCAAGCAUGCUCCUCGCAACUCAUCUCGGCAUCACCUACACAACCAUCUACUCACCAUCGCCCAGUACUCUCCCUUCUGUCCUUGCCUUCGUUGCGCUCGCCCCCCUCCUUCACGAAGUUCCAUUCUACUUGUCCCACCGCUUCAUCUUACACUCGUCAUGGGGCUUCCGCUCGCUCAACCAUGCACUCCAUCACUCCUCUGUGACACAUUCGGCUCUCUCAGCCAUGUACAUGUCCGGUCCUGAUUUCCUUCUGGAAAUAGUGGUGCCGUAUCUCGUGCCGUUGUCUGUUCUGUCAAAGUACAAUCUCUGCAACACGGCUACAUGCAUCGCAAUUCUCCCGGUUGGCGCAUUUGGCGGGCUCUACGAACAUUCAGGAUACAACUUUUUCGAGGGCAUCGCAGCUCUGGAUACGAAGGUUCACGCCAUGCACCACAGGUUUUACAACUGCUCAUUUGCAGACGGUGUUGGCGCACCCAGUGUGUUAGACCCCAUGAUGGGGACCGCGUGCACUGGUGGCCCUCCCAUCAAGGCGAUAAGGCGAUGGUUGGGGUUUAAAGAUGUGGAGAGAGUCAAGAAGAUCACAAGCGAGAUGGCGCUGGAUGGUGACAGAAAGUUGAACGACAGCAGGCGUGAGGAGUGCAGCGCACAUUCUGGGUAG